CGAUUUUCGUCGCCAAAAAAGAAUCUAAAAGACAAAGAGAACCUGCACCCAAGCAAUAACUCGUCUUCAACCUCUCAAUUAUUCUCUUUUUAGGGUUUGUCUGAUUAUCAAUCCCCCUCUCCAAAACACAAUAAUUAGCUAUGGACGAUCCUACUACUGUAAGUAAUCAACGUAACCAAUCAGCUCCGGAAACUCCCCGUCUCAACCUCCCGGCCAGAAUGUCCGACUCUUCCGUCUAUCUAGAAAACCUUCCGUCUCGGACAAUGCACAUCAACCGUUUGAUCAAUUCCAACUACAACGGCUCUCCCUCGCGCACAAUUUACUCCGAUAGGUUCAUCCCCAGCAGAUCAGGCUCCAACUUCGCGCUUUUCGACAUCUCAAACUCUCCGACGUCAGCUGAAGGAAAAGAAGAUGGUUCUGGUACUUAUAACAGCCUUUUACGCGCUGCCCUUUUUGGUCCAUAUACGCCGGACAAGAAGGAUUCAUUGGGAUCUCCGGCUUGCCGUAAUAUUUUCCGGUACAAAACUGAAACUAAACGGUCACUACACUCGUUUUCACCUUUCGGCCUUGAUGAGUCGGUUCCGGGGAUUAUCCAUAGCCCCGUUAAAGCUCCCAGGAAGGUUCCCAGGUCACCUUACAAGGUUCUGGAUGCACCUGCGUUACAAGAUGAUUUUUAUUUGAAUUUGGUGGAUUGGUCAUCGAAUAAUGUGUUGGCGGUGGGGUUGGGGAAUUGUGUUUAUUUGUGGAAUGCUUGUAGUAGUAAGGUUACUAAAUUAUGUGAUUUGGGGAUUGAUGAUAGUGUUUGUUCGGUUGGUUGGGCUCAACGUGGAACUCAUCUGGCGGUUGGGACUAGUAACGGCAAAGUUCAGAUUUGGGAUGCAUCUCGCUGCAGGAGGAUAAGAACAAUGGAGGGGCAUCGAUUACGUGUUGGGGCCUUAGCUUGGAGCUCUUCCCUGUUAUCUUCUGGUAGUCGUGAUAAGAGCAUUCUUCAAAGAGAUAUACGUGUGCAGGAUGAUUUUGCUAGUAAACUCUCUGGUCACAAGUCAGAGGUUUGUGGGCUGAAGUGGUCAUAUGACAACCGUGAACUAGCAUCAGGCGGAAAUGACAACAAACUUUUUGUUUGGAAUCAACAUUCCACCCAACCUGUCCUUAAAUACUGUGACCAUACUGCUGCUGUAAAGGCAAUUGCAUGGUCUCCACAUCUGCAUGGCCUUCUUGCAUCUGGGGGUGGUACAGCUGAUCGAUGUAUUCGAUUCUGGAAUACAACCACAAACGCACACUUGAGCUGCAUGGAUACUGGCAGUCAGGUAUGCAACCUUGUGUGGUCUAAGAAUGUUAAUGAACUCGUCAGCACUCAUGGAUACUCCCAAAACCAGAUAAUUGUUUGGAGAUACCCUACGAUGUCAAAGUUGGCUACUCUUACGGGACACACAUACAGAGUUCUUUAUCUUGCAAUCUCACCUGAUGGACAGACCAUAGUUACUGGAGCUGGAGAUGAGACGCUAAGGUUUUGGAACGUGUUCCCAUCCCCUAAAUCUCAGAACACUGAUAGUGAAAUAGGAGCAUCAUCUUUGGGAAGAACCACAAUUCGGUGAGUCCAAGAAAAAGAUGCUGGAAGCUUUGGGAGCAUUUCUCAUGCUCCGAAGAAUCAAAUUCGAAGAAUUUGCAGCAGGUGCAAGAACUAAGUUAUUGCCGGUUUUUUGCAGAUCAUUGAUUUUAGAUCCCAAUUUAUAUCUUUUUUGAUUAAUGUAUAGCGGGGAGUUGUUAUAUCAAUUACUUGUAGCUGCUCCCUCCCUCCCUUUGUAAAUUAAAGAAGUUGGAGAGUUUGUUGAUGAACACGCAAGUUAUUGUAUCACGUUCUUUGUGUCUGUAAAUAAAAUAAAUGAAUCUAUAUCAGUGUGUGUUUGAGUAAAUUCGAAUUAUUAUUCAUUUAAUAUAUUUUUAAUUUUGUUCA